AUGAGUUUGAUUCAACAAUCACGCGAUGCGUUUAUGCAAGGCAUAGGACUUUUAGCGGCUAGUUUGAAUCUAAUCGGUGUCAAUGCAUCGAAUAAUCAAUUUAAUUAUCGAAAAAUCGAACAAUAUCGUUGUUCGCCGUACCUUCACGAUGAAAUGAUCAUUCGUCGAUUUUAUGUGUAUGAAACUUUGAUUCGUCAUAAUUUUGUCGUGUUUCAAACUGAUUCAGGGCAAACUUUCAAAGUUCAUCUGAUUGCUGAUAUUGUUCCAAAUGAUUAUUCACCAGUCUAUAUCGAAAUCGAUCGUACUUAUUGGAAACCUGAUCGAAGGCAUGUGAGAACAUCGAAUACAAGAGCCGGUGACUUGAAAUUGUUUGUUUUACAUGAAAUACAAAAGUUUGGUAAUUAUACAGUUGGACUCAACGAUUGUCGACAUUUUGCUCGAGCUGUAGCUGCAUUUUUAUCAGGUCAACCAUCUUGCACAACAACAGCUGCUACAUUGUCCGCAUUUCCGUUCGGUCCAGGAUAUUACUAUGGAUUUCCUACUACAACUCUGACCACACUAAAUUCUAUGCCAUUGCAAUAUCCAAUGGGCGCUUUAUGGGUGAAUUGA